AUGCGUCAGGCGGCUACUCGGUCGUCGGUGCUGGAGCAGGUCGAGCAUGCACGGGCCGUGAGGGCCCAGCUGGCGGGCUCGGUGGGCGCAACGGCAGUGCCCAACGCCUCGCCGCGCAGGAGCUAUCCGUAUGCCUCGAGCACAACAAGCUGGGCCCCACUGCAGAGCUAUGGUGGCCCACCAGCGCCAGCGCCUGCGCACUCGUUUGCCCGCGGCUCGCACUUCGGGCGGUCUCCGGGUCAUGGUGCUCUGCGAGCAUCGCUCGCUGCCCUCCACGCCGCCGCAGACGCCGCCUCGGACGCCGCAGCCGCCGCAGAGACCGCCGCAGAGUCGGCCGAGCUGGAAUCUUCGCUGCAACGGGCAGUGGCCGAUGGCGGUGGCGAGUCGGCCGCUGCUGCCCAGCAUGGUCUCUCGGACGCCGAUGCUGCGGUCGACCUGGCGGAGCUCGCUGUCCCGGGCCCGAUCUACCACCCACCAGCGUCGCCGAGUCUGGGCGCAUCGCGGAUGCGGUGGUCACGGGCGCAGAGCUCACCCAGACACACGCGCCUGCUCUCGAGCGAGGUCGAGCCCGCAGCUCUUGUCGAGCUGGCCGACAUGCGGGCGUCCAACGACGUCCUGCGCCGCAAGGUGAGCGAGCUGACCGCCACCAACAACGCGCUCGAGGACGAGGUCCGCACCCUCGCCCUCGCCGCCCAAGACCGCGAGUAUUACAAAGACGCUCUCGAGGGUGCAGAGCGCCAGCUCCGCGACGCCAUCGGUGGCAUCGAGGCGUGGAAGAAGGAGGUCGCCGCCUUCAAAGCCCUUCACCCCGACAUGGACUCGGUCCUUGCUCUACAAAAGGCCAACACCGCCGCUCAAGUCCGCAUCGCCGAGCUAGAGGCCGCCCUCGACGCCUCGUCCAAGACCAACAGCUCGCUGCAGGCUGCUCUGGACGAGGCCGAGGCCAAGGUCGCCGAGCACCGCGCCGCCAAUCCAGUCUCCACUGUCCUUCACCUCACCCAGCGCCUUCGCGAGCAGCUAGAGUCUUAG